ACAAAACUCCCACUUUUACAAGAUUUGGAAGAGGUGAUCGGUAAACAACCUUACCUUCAAACCAUGUUUUCUCUAAAAGAGAUGCCUAUAUCAUUGACAACAUUGUUCUCAGCCUAUGCCUCCAUUAGUGCUUUUGUGAUGCUAGUAAGAUCCAUGGUAAAUGAACUCGUACCUCCUGAAUUCCGCUCUUAUCUCUUCUCCAUCUUUCGACAUUACUUCUUUACUCCUCAAUCUGCUCAACUCACUCUCAUCAUCGAAGAGAACUGUGGUAUCGGUACCAAUCAAAUCUAUGAAGCUGCCACAAUUUACCUACGUACCAAGAUUAGCGACUCAACAGAACGUCUCAAAGUAAGCAAAACCAUUAGGCAAAAGAAAUCAACCAUUGAUGUUGUAACGGGUGAGGAGAUUACUGAUUGCUUUGAAAACAUUAAGCUCAAAUGGAAGUUUUCAGAAAAAGGAGAUAAUCGUCAUGAUCGUCAGAAAUUUAUUGAGCUUUCCUUUGAUAAGGAAUUCAAAAAUGUUGUGCUAGACUCUUAUUUACCUUAUGUAAUAACUAGUUCUGAGACUAUAAAAGAAGAAGAAAAGGAGGUAAGGCUUUAUAGCCGUGAUUGUCGUGGUUGUGAUGAUGAAGGUUAUAGUGAAUGGGGUUCUAUUAAUCUUGAACAUCCAGCUACGUUUGAGAAGUUGGCAAUGGACCCAGAGGUGAAGAAGAUGAUCAAGGAUGAUUUGGACAGGUUUGUCAGAAGGAAGGAGUUGUAUAAGAAGGUUGGCAAGGCAUGGAAGCGAGGGUAUUUGCUUUAUGGCCCUCCGGGUACUGGUAAAUCAAGCUUGAUUGCUGCCAUGGCUAAUUACCUCAAGUUUAAUAUCUAUGAUUUGAACCUUUCAAACAUAUACUCAGAUUCAGAGUUGAGAAGGAUAUUGCUUUCCACAUCUAAUCGUUCUAUACUGGUAAUUGAGGAUAUAGAUUGCAGUGCAGAGUUGGAAGAUCGAGAGGAAGAGGAUAACUCUAAGAAUUCUUCCUCUAAGUUCACACUAUCGGGUUUAUUGAACUUCAUAGAUGGAUUAUGGUCAAGUUGUGGAGAUGAGCGAAUUAUUGUGUUCACCACCAAUCAUAAGGACCGGCUUGAUCCUGCUUUGUUGCGCCCAGGCCGUAUGGACAUGCACUUGCACAUGUCAUAUUGCACCAUGGAUGGGUUCAAGGUGUUAGCUUCUAAUUAUCUUGGUAUCAAUGGUGACCACCGACUCUUUAAAGAGAUUGAAGGAUUGUUGGAGAAUGCAGAGGUUACGCCAGCUGAAAUUGCAGAGGAACUUUUGAAGAGUGAUGGUAACGAUGUUGCUCUUGAAGGCCUUGUCAAAUUUCUUGAGCAAAAAAGACUAGAAGAUGCAAAGAGCGAAGUGCAAAAACCCAAAAGAGUUAAAUGAUUUUUUAAACUUGGACAAGGAAAGCAUUGUACCAUUAAGAGUUCCUGAAAUAUAUAGUUCAAAAAGUACUAGAGAAUUUUACAAA